GGUCAGUGCAGUCUGCAUGUAUUCCGGGCUAGUCCGCGUUGGUCAGUCAGCUCGCUGCCGGGGGAACCCAGGGGCCGAAUGAAGAAACACAUCCUGCUUCUGUUCACCUACAGAGGACUGAAGAGGAAAGGAAAGAAGAGCAAGAGGAGAAAAUGGAGCAGUUUAUAUUACGGAACGCAGAACCAAAGGACGUCUCAGACAUACUGCGACUCAUAAAGGAACUCGCCAAGUUUGAGGAAAUGGAAGAACAGGUCGUUCUGACCGAGAAAGAGCUGCUGGAGGACGGCUUCGGAGAGCAUCCAUUCUACCACUGCGUGGUGGCAGAAGUACCUGAGGAGAAACAGACCCCAGAGGGUUACAGAGUGGUUGGCUUUGCCAUGUACUACUUCACCUACGACCCCUGGAUCGGGAAGCUGCUCUACCUGGAAGAUUUCUACGUCAUGAAGGAGUUCAGAGGUUAUGGAAUCGGCUCUGAAAUCCUGAAGCGGCUCAGUGAGAUGGCGGUGAAGUGUCGCUGCAGCAGUAUGCACUUCAUUGUGGCCGAGUGGAACAAACAGUCCAUCGAGUUUUAUAAGCGGCGCGGAGCUGCUGACCUCUCGCAUGAGGAGGGCUGGAGACUGUUUGAGAUUGGCAAGCAGAGUCUGCUCAAAAUGUCCGCAAAGUAGAGCGACCGCAGCGGACAGUGACCGAAUCUUGCCCAGCUUGACCUCCAUCUGUUUACUGCUCAGUUUUACUUGUUCUCUGUGUUCAAAACCAAUAACGCAAACAUUUAAUCCUUCACUGUGAUUCAUUCUUCACUAUUUACUUGUGUGUGAACUUGUUAUUACUGUAAUAAAUAAGUGUUAACAGUAA